AUGUUCGAUUUUACGGAUUUAAUCGCCAUGAAAGUCAACGAGCUAAAAAACGAACUUUUAAAGUUAGGCUUAGACACGAAAGGGAAUAAAAUUCAGCUGGUUCAGAGGUUAGCGGAUUUUCUGACCAUUGGGGGAGAAGAUGGCUGUCCAGAGCAUGGUGGAACAACCGGUGGUCUCCUAACUAAUAUUGAUAGCAAUGGCAUUCAGCCUUUGCCAAUUUUAGUAAAAGAAAAACCAUUGAAAAAGUCCAGAAAAUCCUACCCAAGUCUGAACAAUUCAAAUAUAAAUGACAGCCUGGAUGACUCGAUUGACUUUAACAGAAAAGUGAAAAAGUUAGAAAAUGAUGCAUUCACAAACGAAUUAAAAGUCGUACUGGUUGAUAUCGGCUUUCUUCUUAAAGAUGAGAACGAAUUGAAAUCAAAGUACGGCCUAAUGUUCAACUCGCCAUUCAAAGCCACCCAGACUGCCAGCUACAAAAAAAGGCAGAGAGCAAUCAAAAAACCAAAACGUUAUUCACUUCCACCUCAAAUCGACUAUCACCAUCCCCACAGCGUCAACAACAAAAUCGACAACAGCAGCUUCUACAGCUGCUGCAACAACUACAACAUUCAGAACAAUGUAGACUACUUCCCGACAUAUCUUUCAAUGGCUGAUCCAAUCCUCGAUGGAUCUUCUUUCAUUGUGAAGGAUGACUUCGCGAAUAAAUUUAAAAGACGCAGGGUGAAGAACAGGCAUAAUACAGAAAUCAUAAACACAUCCAUUACUCCUACUUUCACUACCGAUAUUGGUGACAUCACUUCAGCUACUUCAUCUACCACUGCCACAACUUCUACUAAUGUGGUUACUAGCAGCAGAAGUAAAGCUAGAUGUAACGUUCAAAUUGAUCUUCGUAGCGACGGCUUCAACAGUAAUGUCACUGACGAAAUUGACUUGAGUAAUAAUGAUAGCGUUGUUGCUGGUGCUCCUAUCGAGCCGACAAAAAUCACUCAUGGCAAUAAAAAACGUAAGGACAUCAACAAUAACAUCAAAGCUGAUGACAGUAGCAAUGAUGAGGACUGUUUGAAUGACAUUGUUAAUGACAAAAAUAGAAAAAAUAUUAAGCUAAGUGGUAAAAAACUGAAGAAAACUUGCCGAGUUAUAUCCAAUUAUGAUGAUGUUAGCAAUGACGUCAUUCAUAAUAACAACAACGAUAACAUUAAAAGCGCUGAUGGUGACAUCAAUGCCAAUGGUGGUAGAAUAUCGUUCAUCAACAUCAUUGAGAACGUGGAUAGGCUUUUAAAUAAUGUUGAGACCCUUCAGAUCGCUGACGACAAGAGAGAUAACAGCAGUGACGUCAUCAGCAGCAACGAUGAUGAUGACGUCAUCAACGGUAACAACGACGAUGAUGACGUCAACAACAGUAACAACGAUGAUAAAGAUUCUGGUGAUCCAAAUGCCAACCUUGAUCCCAGUACUAAGGGUAGUAAUGUUUCUGUCACUACUGCUGCUGCUACUACAUCUGUUGCUGUUGUUAAUACAGCUGCUACUACUACUUAUACUACUACUACAAUUACUACAGAUAGUAAUUGUAUUACGGAAACUAAAAGAUCUUCUAACAAAAGUAGCAACAACAACAACAAAGUUAGCACAAACGACAUCAACAACAAAAUUUGCAGCAGAUCAAAUUUCACUAGUGAAUGUCUGAAUGAUUUUGUAGAGAAUUUUUCCCAUAUCAAUUUUGUUGAUGACGACGACGACGUACAUCAGGAAGGUGAUAACAAUGAUAGCACUGAAACUAAUGAUAAUAAUGAUACUAAUAAAAGUAGUAAUGAUGGUCUGAAAGCUAGUAUUACUACUACUGCUACUACUACUACAAGUUGUACUGUUAGUAAUGAUACUUGCAACAGCAGCUUCAAUAAUGACAAAGAAGUUGAAGCUGAUGACGACAAAAGCCAUGAUGAUGAUAAUGAUGGUGGUUAUGUAUUUUUCAGGAAAGAUAACUAUAAUGAUGACGACGACGGCGAUGAUGAUGAUGAUGUUGUCGUUCCGUUGACAGAUCUUGACGACGAUGAUGAUGAGGAUGAUGAAGGGGAUGGUGAGAAUAAUGAGGAUAAUGGUCAUGUAUUUAUCAUCAAUCAAGAUGAUGGUGAUGAUGGUAAUAAUGAUGACGAUGGCAGUGAUAACCAUUACGACAUUGCAGACAAACUUAGCGUCAUCUCUUCAAUGAGUAGACUGUUAUCAGGUGACGAUGCAGAUGGUGAUGAUAAUGAUGGGACAAACAAUAAUAAUAAUAAUAAUAACGAUAAUAAUGAUAAUAAUAAUAAUAACGCUGGCUAUGAUGACGAUUUGAUUGAGAAGCUAAAUCCUUUGAUUGGGAAAGAAAUCACCCUGCUUGAUCUGAUUAAGAUGAAUCGAGAUAACAGUGGUAGUAGCAAUAACGACAAUGCUAAUGAUGCUAAUAAGGUGAGGAUUGAUGGCAGUGAUGACAUCAACAUCUGCAAGAAUGACAACAAUGACAUUAGUAGUGAUGACAGCUUGAAAGAUCUUGAAAGUUACAAUCAGCAGGACAUCUUAAACAGCCAGCCAAUCACAGCUCUGCAGGGUAGCAACAUUUUACAACAUCAACAACAACAACAGCAUCAAAGCAUACAUAUCAACUUGCAAAGUAGUGUUGAUAUGUAUGUGGAGCAGCAGUCUGCAACGUUCCAACAAAUGUUGUCAACAAUUCCAUCCCUGUCGACACCUUCUGCAACAUUUUUUUCUACAUCCCCGAUCGUCGCCAUGCCUGCAAACGCUACUGCGGCUUCUUCGGCUACUGCAACGGCCACUACACUUCUUCCAUCUAUAAUGGCGUUUGUGGAUAACGGCGUCUACUACAACGAAGCAGCCCACUCUGACUUGUGUAGUAUCAAUACUGCUACUAAUACUACAUGUUGUGGUAGCUGUGGCUGUAGUAAUUGCAGCUGUUGCUUCAGUAGCAACGUUGUUGUCGUCGACGCUGCUGAUGUAGUUUGUGGUAAUGCUAACAUCGGUUUGGGUUUGAUGAACAGCAGCAACAAAAACAGCAGCUACAGUGCGUCAAGAACCUCUGCAAUUAUUCCAUCAAAAAGAUUUCUAGCUAGGCAGACUUAUGACAAUGAUAUGGUUUUAUAUAAUAAUAAUAAUAAUAAUAAUAAUAAUUAUAGUGAUAAUUAUGUUAGUAGUAAUAAUAAUAAUGAUGAUGAGGACGACGAUGUGAAUAAUGAUGACGACGAAAAUGAGUGUGUGGUAGCAGUUGGUGAUGAUGGGGUCUGUGGGGAUUAUGACUUUGCUAAUAAUGCUAGCAUUAACGUUAAUAAUAAUAAUAAUAAUCUAAAUGACGUCAUCAAUAACAGUAAUAAUAAUAAUAAUAUAAGAUCCCACAGGCCGUCCUUUGUUGACGAUGUCUUAGACAGCAUUGAAAAGUACAAGAGCAUCAAGAGCGGCAACAAUAAUAAUGAUAACAACAACAACAACAGUAAUAAUAACAAUGAUAAUGAUAGUAACAUCCUCAACAAUAGCACUGACUCGUUGGUUCUUGACUACGACAACACCAUGGCCACAUACAGUAACGAUGACGUCGACUUCAACUCAUUAAUUGAGGAUGUCGCCGAUACGGUAGAUGUUGAUGUUUUCCAGCAUAGCUUCUGGGAUGAUGUGAGUGACGACGACGACAACAACAACAACAACAAUGUUAACAACAACAAUGCUAACAAUAACAACAAUGCUAACAACAACAACAAUGCUAACAACAGCAACAACAACAAUUCUAACAAUGAUACUAAAGAUGCAGAUCGUAAUAACGGCACUAGUAAGAGUAACAACAAUAACGAUGAUGAUAAGAUUGUUAGUGAUAAUAAUGAUGAUAGCAUUAAUGAUAACCGCGAUAGGGAGACAUUGAAUUCCAUGAUUGAAGAUGUAUUCUCCCCUGCUACUGCCAACUUUCUGCUGGGUUUUCCUACAGCUUUACCCAUAACUUCAUCACCAUCAUCAUCAGUAGUAGUAGUACAAUCAUCAUCAUCAUCAUUGCCACACAGCAACUACAAUAACUACAAAAACAUCAACUACAUCAACAGAAGUAGCAGCAAUAAGAGAACAUUCUGGAAGGAAAGAUGA